CUGUAUUGAAUCUGACAGCAGCUGCAUCGCAAACUACCUGCAGAAAGAUGUUGGGUUUAUUUUUCGGUCUGCUCUUUCUGACACCAGCGGCUACUGAAGUGGGUCUUGGUGGUAAAGUGCUUUUGUUUCCAACCGAGACUAACAGCAGCUUUGUUAAACUCACUCCUGAAAAGCCACUGAGUCUUUUGGCAUUCACACUCUGCAUGCGUGUCGCGACGGAGCUCCAGGUCACGAGGGACAUCAUUCUGUUCGCCUACCGCACAUUUAACGUCGACGAGCUGAACCUGUGGAGAGAGGCUGGUGGUCAUUUGUCCUUGUAUAUUCAGUCUAGUAGCAAUGGAGCAUUUUUCCUUCUGCCUCCUCUCUCCACCUUCCAGACUCACCUGUGUGACUCUGCGAUUGGUCUCACUGCCUUCUGGGUGGAUGGACGUUGUAGUUUAUUCAAGAUCUAUAGAAAAGGUCUCUCAAUCCGUCCUGGGGGCACCGUCCUGAUCGGCCAGGACCCCGAUGCAUAUGACCCCGAUAAACACCUGGGGGACUUCGAGGCGGUGCAGAGUUUCGCCGGCGAGCUCACGGACCUGAACAUGUGGGACUACGUCCUCACCGGAAACCAGAUUAAAGCGCUGUAUCUGAACCACGCGCAGCGCGUGCCGAGGGGAAACGUGUUUGACUGGAACACCAUCGAAUAUGAGAUUAAAGGAAAUGUGCUAGUUGUGCAAGAUGAUUAAAAUAUUCAGUCACAUACAACAAUGUUUGUUAAUUUGCUAUGGUUUUCUUCAUAGAAUAUUCUGUUUAAUUGGAAAUAUGCCAACAGCAUAAGUCAAGGUGUCCAGAUGUGCCACUUCCCGGGGAAACGUUAUGCACAGGAUUUCUAAAUUGCCUAAAAUAACCUGGUGCUGGUUAUUUGGUUGGUGCCGAUCGAUUGUUGUAUGACAUCAACGUACCGCGAGAGCUAGCGAGCAGAGCAGACGGCCCCAUGCUUUCGAAUCAAUCUCGCGGUAUUUUGAUGUCAUACAACAAUCGAUCGAUCGGCACAGCGCAAUUUUUUAGGCAAUUUAGAAAUCCUGUGCAGAACGUGUCCCCGGGAAGUGGAACUUCUGGACACAUUAGCACAAUUUAACAUGCAAAUAUUUUUGCAUCA